AUGGAUACUUCAAAGAUCCACAUCGCUGUGAUUGGCGCAGGCCCGGCUGGGCCCGCGGCCAUCAAAUCUCUGUUGGAAGAGGGAUUGCAGGUGACGUGCUUUGAGAGACGAUCGGAAGCCGGCGGGAUCUGGGCGUUCUCAGAAAACCCACAGUUUACGUCUGUGACGAGAGGAACAAGGGCGCAAUUCAGCAAAUUCCUUAUUCCCUUUUCUGAUUAUCCGGUCCCUGAUGACUUCCCUUUGCAUCCCGGGGGCGAGGACUUGCGCAAAUAUUACCAAUCCUACGCAGCUCACUUCGGGUUACUCGAGAAGAUCACCUUUAAUGUGACUGUAUCGUCCAUCACGAGAUCCGAUGAUGACACACAAUGGGCUUUGCAUGUAUCGGGUGGAGAUACACCUCGCCUCUUUGACAAGGUCAUCGUAGCUUCUGGGUCAGAGGUCACGCCUGUUAUUCCUGUGAUCGAGGGCUUGGAGCUCUUUCAGGGCAAGUUCUUACACAGCCAAGCCUUCAAGAAGCCUGAAGACUUUGCAGACAAGAACGUGAUUGUGAUUGGACAGGGAAACACAGCAGGAGACUGUGCAGUCGAACUCUCAUCCUCCUCAUCGAAAGUCUACUGGUCCCAUCGCCGCGGCGCACUCGUGUUUCCCCGCGUUGUGAACGGCCAGCGCUUCGACGCCUUUGCCUCAUGGAAGAAGACGCGCAUGGGGUUCUGGAUCGCCAAGCAUCUACCCUCUCUUCACCGCAGAAUGUUUGACUCUUUCUUCAACUGGGUCGUGUCUGAGUCCUGGGGAAAGCUCAAUCCUCAGUGGCGUCUUGAGAGGAACGCGUUCUACGCGACAACCAUCUCUGGGUUUGUCAUUAAUGACCAUCUCGUUCCUGCGUUGCGUGAUGGAAAAGUCACUUCAACGGCGGGUGUGCGGCGAAUCUUGGGUCCUCGAUCUGUCGAGCUCGACGACGAUACAAUCCUCGAAGAUGUCGAUACCAUAAUUGCCUGUACAGGAUACAACAACUCACUGCAAGUCCUCGAUGGCAUCAUCAGCUACUCCCGCCCACAUCCCGACGUGCGUCCCAUCCCGGACCUCUACCAGGGUCUGUUCCCCCUGGGCUACAGCGACUCCCUAGCCUGUCUCAAUUAUAUCGUCAUCAUGGAAAGCGCUUCUGUGGCGCGUGAGCUCGCUAGCAUGGCCAUCGCGCAAGUCUGGGCAGGAAAAUCCACUCUCCCAUCAGACUCCACCAUGCAAGAUUGGGUUCGUCAACAUCAAGCAUGGUUCGCAAACCUAUGCCUUACGAAUCCACUCCCCCAGUAUGAGGGUCAGCUAGAGGCCCACGACUGGCUCAAGUUUGUGGACGACAAGGCUGGGACCGGCAUGUAUGAGCACCUUGGCUGGACGCUAAGAGGUAUUUGGUUCUGGCUGCGUGAGCCUACGCUGUGCUCGCUCAUGGCGUGGGGUGUCAACUCGCCGCAUCUCUACCGAGUGUUCGAGACGGGUAAGAGGAAGGCGUGGGAUGGCGCCAGGGAUGCAAUUAGGCAUGUCAACUUGCUGAGCGACAUUGACCUUGGCUACGUGAAGCCCAAGACUGAGUGA